CUUCUCACUGAGAAUGAUUAUACGCUUUCGGGCUUCCGUAGAUAUGAGGAAGCACCAGGCAACACAGCGUUAGCGCUGCUUUUCGGGAUAUCCUUUUAUGCAGGUGAAAGAGGUAAAAACACAGCAAUUAGGCUACAAUGACGACCGGAGCAGACUGCCGCUCCGUCUUCACUUUGAGCCCGAAUGAUGAGGCUCUGACCGGGCUGAGGGAGGUGAACCCCAGCCUGAAGCAGCUGGGACACACCGAGCCAGCUCCACACGAGUUGAAAGACAAAUCUCCAGAGGAUGACAGACAGCGGGAGUCCAGUCUGAUCAGAGAGGUUUCAGACAAGAUGGUCUGCUCAGCCUGCAAAUGCCUCUUUACUAGUCGAGAGGAACAGAUGGAGCACUACAAGCUGGACUGGCAUCGCUUUAACCUGAGACUUAAGAUUUCGGGAUUGCCACCAGUCUCUGCUGAGGAGUUUGAGACGAAGACUGGAGCUGGAGACAUGUCGAGUAUCUCAGGCUCAGAGUCUGACUCAGAGGAAGAAGACUCAGAGAGUGAGAGUGGCACAACAGGCAGCAACGUCACUGGAACUGAUAACGAGAGCUCAGCAGAAAACAGUUUGUUUACCGGCCGGCUCUCCAGCAAAGUGUUCCUCCAGAACUCAGCUGGACAAUAUCUGUCAGUGUACCGCUGCAUUCUGCAGGGAAAGUCAGACGAGGAGCUCGAUGCUGGAUCCUCCCUGAAGGCCAUAAAUAAAAACACUGUGUGGGUCAUUCUCAUGACGGGUGGAGGACACUUUGCUGGUGCUGUAUUCCAAGGAAAAGAAGUCCUUCAGCACAAGACCUUCCACCGGUACACGGUGCGAGCGAAGCGAGGGACUGCCCAAGGACUCCGAGACUCUCAGAACCGCAGUCACGCGCCCAAGUCUGCAGGAGCUGCUCUGAGGCGAUACAAUGAGGCAGCACUCGUCAAGGACAUUCAGGAUCUCCUGCUCAGCUGGGCUGAACACCUGCAGGAGGCCUCUGCAGUGUUUGUACGAGCCCCCAGCUACAAUAAAAGCAUAUUUUUUGGUGGUCGAGCAGCUCCGCUCGACAAAAAAGAUCCCAGGGUGCACACACUUCCCUUUCCCACACGCAGGGCAACCUUUCGAGAGGCACAGAGGGUACACGAGGUGCUUUCCACCGUCCAUGUUUACGGGAAAGACACAGACAUGUCUGCAGUCUUCAGUCCAUCAAAGAAAGUCUGGAAGAAAUCCGUCAAACCCGCAGCACAAAUAAAUACAGAUCAAGAGAAAGCAGAUGAAAAGCCUGAAAGCUCUGAGGAAGAAGAGGUUGGAGAGAUCCAGCUGGAGAUGGUGGAUCUGACACUGGGAACUCUGGACCUCCGGGAGCACGAGGUCUAUCCCCCCAGGCACAGGAGGAGAAGGAGGAGAAAGAAGGAGGAAACCAAGCUGCAAAAAGAGGAAUUGAGAAACACGGAAGCAGACAGUCGAGAAGAGGAAGUGCCCGAGGCCACGCCAGCAGAAGACGCUCCUCAAGAGAUGCAAUCAAAGAGCAAGAGGAAGAGGAAAGCGCCGAGUAAGAAACAACUGGAAGAAGUUGCUGGCGAGUCAUCAGAAUACGGCCUGAGGGAUGAAGUGUUUACAGCCUGUAAGGUCGGGGACGUGGACGCUCUGUGUCGACUCCUCCAGAUACCUGGAGAAACGUCAGAGAGUCUACAGCAGACGGAGAGCAACGCUCCUGAUGUCCCAGGUCCUCUCUCUCUCCUAAAUAAGCCCAUAGACUCUUCAGGGUUCACGUUCCUACAUGUUGCCUCAGCAGCUGCACAAAAGGCCGUGGUCAGGCUGCUGCUGGAUGCAGGAGCAGACCCAGCCUGCAGGGAUAACAAAGGGAAGACCCCGUAUAUUGUCGCCCCUGACAAAGACACAAGAAAUGUCUUCCGUAAAUACAUGGCUGAGAAUCCUGACAGAUACGACUACACUAAGGCCCAGGUCCCUGGGCCGCUAACGGCAGAGAUUGAAUCCAAAAAGACGGAGAAGAAAAAGGCCCAGAAGGCAGUGAAAAAACAGCGAGAAAAAGAGCAGAAGGAGGAGAAGAGGAAACAAGAGUCGGAGGCGGAGGAGAAGAAGAGGUUUGCAUCGCUGACUGAUCGUGAGAAGAGAGCUCUGGCAGCAGAGAGGAGGUUAGCGGAGCAAGUAGCUGCAACAGGAGUCGGAAUCUCUCACGUCAAGAGGUGCUGGACGUGUGGAGAGACUCUGCUUGGAAAGAUCCCGUUUCAGUACCUGGAGUAUUCGUUCUGCACCCCUCGAUGUGUCCAAGCACAUAGAAAAGCCAACACUCUUCCAGCCAAGACCUAACUGCCAUAUAUUUAUAUUUUUAUAUAUAUAUAUAUAUAUAUAUAUAUAUAUAUAUAACAACCAUGUGGAAAUGGAGCUACCUCAUUAAAACUGUGAAUUUGUGCAGCCUGGAGAGAAUUCUAUCACGGCUAUGUCUUAACAGUGUGCUAGUUUCAUUUUCAACUCUAAACAUUCAUUAAAAAAAAAUUUUUAUUAUGGCAGAUUAUCCUAGAUAACUGGAUGCAUAUACUGUAUCAAAACAUGAUGUAUUAAACGUAUAAUUUAUUCACAGUAUUUGCAAAUGAAAAAUGUAUAGAAGCAAAUGCAAUAAAAAAAAACUGUAAUGUUUGCA